AUGAAUUUUCAAGCGAUUACUGAACGAUUUAAGAAUAUGAUGCAGCAGAAAACUACACGUCCCUCUACUGCAUCCCAGCCUCCAGAAAGCUUUGCAUUCUAUCAUCAGAUCAGGCAAUUGUCCCAAGAGCCAUGGACGUACGAAGAUCCGGAAUUGCAAGAUGUGGCUAUGUCUAUCCUGCCUUUAGAAAAACUAUUUGAAGAUGCUACGAAAAGAGAAAAGGAUGGCAAUGGAUCAUGGGGUUACCAAGAUUAUCUCAUUCAAUCCCUUCUUUCUUGGUUCAAACAAGAAUUUUUUUCUUGGGUUAAUUCUCCGAAGUGUGAAAGUUGUCAGUCUGAUACACAUUUAAUAGGUGCUUGUAGACCAAACACAGAGGAAAGUUUCCAAGGUUGUAAUAACGUUGAAGUAUAUCAAUGUAAUGGUUGUUCUCGUCAGCAGAGAUUUCCUCGGUACAACAAAGUUCGUCCUCUACUUUUUUCAAGAACAGGAAGAUGUGGAGAAUGGGCCUGCUGCUUCACGUUUUUAUGUCGUGCGCUUGGUUCCAGAGCUCGCUGGGUUUGGAAUGCGGAAGAUCAUGUUUGGACUGAAGUCUAUAGUUUCAAGCAAAACAGAUGGGUACAUGUGGAUUCUUGCGAAGAAUCAUUUGAUCAGCCAUUAAUUUAUGAGCAAGGAUGGGGGAAAAAGAUGUCAUACUGCAUUGGAUUUUCAAUCGACAGUGUUCGUGAUGUCUCUAGUCGUUACAUUCGCGAUCCAGAGAAUGGUAACCCUAGAAAUCGUUGUCCAGAAAUUGUAAUUGAGCAUACUAUAAAGUCAUUAAACGAGGAAUUCCGUUCUGCUUUAAGUGAAUAUGACCGAUCCAAACUUUUAGAUGAAGACCGGAGAGAAAAAGAAGAGUUGAUCAGUUACAGAACGCGGGAAGAUCUUUCUUCCUCUGCUUUACCAGCUCGUCAAACUGGUAGCGAGGAUUGGAAACGUGAAAGAGGAGAGGGCGGUAACUAA